UAAUCCUCACGUGAUCAGGGGCUGGCGUGAAGUCCCUGUAUUUCUGGGAUUCUUUCUCCUUUGGCUACCAGCUCCUUACUGCCCUGCAGGCAUUCCUGCUUGUGACCAAGAGAAAGAGGACAUAAAAUCUUUAAAUCCCAGCAGCAGGUCUGAGGGUCUAUGUUCACAGAUCUCUCGAGGCAAGAAAAAGAGAAGGAAACUAUCCCAAACCAUCUCUGGAAAUCACUACAUCAUGCAAAAAUCUUGCAAAGAAAAUGAAGGAACACCCAAAUGCAAUGUGCCAAAGAGACAGGAAGAGUGCUCCUAUGGAGAGUUCCAACGCCAGCAAACCGAAGGGAAUUUUAGGCAAAGGCUGCUUCAGUCUCUCGAGGAAUUUGGAAAGGACAUAGACUUUAGGCAUUUUAAGGAUGAAGAAAUGACAAGAGAGGGAGAUGGGAUGGAAAGGCGUUUGGAAGAGAUAAGGGGUCUGAGAAAGAAAUGUAGGGCUCUGCUUUCUAACCGUAGGCAUUCUCGAGACCGUCCAUAUCCUAUUUAAUGCACUUCUCGCCUGAAUUCAACUAUUUUCUGUUCUUAAUAUUGCAGUAUUGGUUCCUUUUGUCUGCAUUUUCUUGUGAAAUAUUUGCUACUAUUUUAUUCCAAUCCUUCAAUGUUUUACAAGUGACUCUUGUUGCCAUCAUUUCAUCUUUUGACCUGAUCUCACUCAUUUAAUAGAAUUGCUUCAUUUGUUUGCAUGUG